GACAAAACACAAAUGAUUACGAAAUCAUAUAAGUAAAAAUUCUAAUUUAAUUAAUUAUUAAGAUUAAAUGAUAUAUAUAUAUAUAUAUACCAUUUUAAAUUAAACUAUAUACCAUAUAAAAUACAUAAGUAUUUUAAUUUCAAAAUUUACUUUGAACCACUUUUUUAAUAAAAGCUUUGAAUAAACAUUAACAAUUUGAUUUUUUUUUGAAAUUAUAAAUUACUAAAACUAUUAAUCCCAGAAUGAAAUUUUUUUGCUAUUAGUAAUUUAAAGUUUUUGCUAUAAAUUAUACAAAUGAUCAAAAAACUCAUAUGUGUAGAAAGCAUCAUUUAAUACAUUUAUAUUAAAAAUAUACUAUGUAUGUUAAUAUUAUUUAAAUUUAAUUAUAUAUCCUAUCAAAUAGAAAAAAAAUAUUGUUUGGAUUAAUAAAAUUGAUUUAUAUGUUCGCACUAAUUUAAUUAUAUAUGUAAUAGUUAAUGACUUUUAAUUAUUCAAUAUAUAUUUAUUAUUUUAUAAUAUAUAAAAACAUAUAAUACAUAUAAUAAUUUAUAUAAUGCUUAUACCACGUAAGACACGGCUCUUAACCUAGUGUUUGCUAUUACAACCAGAGCUUUCUCUAGUACUAUACAUUUUAUGUUUUCUUUAAUAUUAGAAGUAUUGCAAAAUUGUUUAUAAAGACUUUUGAAGUCAAUUGUACCAAAAAUAAAGAAAGCUUUAAGAAGAUUUCUGAAGACGUAUGAAUCUAUCAUUUUGAUUUUUUUCUCAAUAACAUAAAAAUAGCAUUAGAGUGUAUAUAUAUAUACGAAUUAUUAUAUCAUGUAUAUUCUAUAAAUUCCAAAUUUGCACACAAAUUACACCAAAAAAAUUUGCACACAAAAUUUCAUCGUCCCUAGCCGAGCCACUUAACUGGAGACUCGUUUUUUGGCACCAAAUGAUUGUCGUAACCAGUUGCAACUUAACAUCACAAAGGCUUCUAGUUCAUCGAAAAUGGAAAGAAAAGUAGGGUUCAUGUUCAUGUGUGUAUAGAUCCGUGAGCAUUAAUAGGCUCAACCUAUUUUAUGAACAAAUCCAUAAUGAUGACAAUUUAUACAAAAGUUACAUCAUUUUUUUUGUCACAGCUAAGAGAUGUAAUAAUGAAGAAAAUGUGAAGGCAAUAGAUGAGAGUAGCGAGUAGGGUAUAAAGGCUUACACCGUCCAUGUGGCCAUAAGAUUUGGCAAUGCUUUUUAUGAAGAUUAUGACAUAGAGACAAAUUCCUUUUUCUCUAGAGAAAUUAUUAAACAAAAAAUAUUAUAACUAUUUUUUGUUUUGAAUAAUCUUUAUUCGUUGUCAAUAGAAGUGUUCACUUCUUCAUCAUUACUGCUUGGAAAGCAAAAAGCCAAAGGGCCCAACUCCAUGUUGUCGUCACUAAUAUCUCCCCCUUAAUUAAACCAAAUUAAUUAACACUCUUGUUUUGUUUGGUUUCGUGUACUCCUCUCCUUUAUUUUGUACUUCUAUAUUCUAAAACGAAUCUCGCAUCUAAUUUACCUCCUAAUUUUUUUCGUUAUUUAUCAUUCUACAUGACUCAGUCUCGUGGAAUACGUCAACUUCGAUCAUAUUAAGAUAUCUGAUAUAGUGACAUAUUUCGCAUUAAUGUUGCUUUAGAGAGCAUUCGAUCCCUGAAAAAAAUAUUGUAAUGGUGAUAAAAGAUAGCUCUGAUAUGCUUACAUAGUUAGAAGUGGUAAAUGUAUAGUGGCAAUGAGUUGACAAACAAAAAAACAAAAGUAGUGGUAAGAAAUAGUAGAAAACACAAAUUUCUUAUUUUUGUAUGGUUUUUUUAUCGAGAACUACUAAUAUUAAAGCGAUUCAGUUUUAACACACAAAAAAAAGAUCCAUUUUAUUACCACAAUGUAAAUAUUAAAGCGAUUCAGUUUUAACGAAAGAAAAGAUCCAUUUAUUACGACAAUGUAAAUAUUGAAACUAGUUAACUGUCUUGUGCUGGGAAAUUUGAAACACCGCGCGUAACUUGAAGAAGCACAAUAGUUAGUGACAUGUAUUUUCUGUAGUAAAGGCUCGUUACUCUACGUUUUGGGUUUCAGUGAAAUCUUUUUUGAUAAGUAUGUGAAUAUCAUAUAAAUGAAACAGUGAAAUCUUGAAAUGCCAAAAAACUUUUCAAGUUGCAACUUUUAAAUGGCAACAGCGAACGAGACAAAUGCUUCAGGUUACAGUGCACAGCUCCUGUAUUAAUAUUUUUAUUAGUUUAGGACAUAAAAACAAAAAUAUAGAUUAUGCUAAAACUAAAGACCGAUGUUAAUUCAAGGUGUUAAAAUGGUAGUACAAGUCAACAAAAAUAAGUAAUCAUGGGAGUGGCCGACUUAUUGCAGUCAAAUAAAAGUUGUAAACUAGUUUAGUAACAUAGUUGCAAAAAUACGCUAUCAGAUUUUUUUAAAAUAAAUUCUUUGUUUUAUGCGUAAUUUAAAGAAAUAACGUAAUACUAAGUAAAAUAUUAUCUUAUUAAUUGAAAACAUAAUCAUGAAGCCUAUGUAAUAUUAAAAUAGAGGUCCGAUAUUUUAUUCCAACUUACUUACGAUUUUAUUAUCUGUUUAUACCCAGUUAUUUAGUGAGUAUACUUUUUGAAUAAAGGAAAGAGUUGAUUAAAAUAUACUAAUAUUUUAAGCAGAAAUGUGAUUGUGUUGAGGAUUGAUAUCCCCAACUUACAAAAAAGCAUUGCAUGUGAUGAGAAUCCAUCUCCCCCAUUCCUACCCAUUCUUUCCAACUCAACCCUCUCCUUUCUCUUCUCUUAUUAAAGUAUCCCUUCUUUUCUUUUUGUUUUUUAAAUGAAAACGUAAACUUUUACAUUUUUGUUUUUACUUGGUCUUUUUUUACAGUUCCACUUGGGUAGACAAACGCCAUUUUAUGAGAUGGUGAACUUUAUUAUAUACUAAGUAUUUUUUAGUAAGUAUCGGUUUGAAUUCUGGAUAAAAAUAUGUUAUUAUAUUAAGUAUUUUUUUAUCAACUAUGUUAUUAAGUACUAUUUUUUAAAUUUUGAUCUACAUAUUUAUGUUAUAAAAAUAUUUAUAUAUGUGUCUUUAAUCUUAUUCAGUGUUUUCAUACCGACCAAGAUCCGUUGUUAAACUGGUAAAUACGAUAAAUUGUACAUAAUUCGAUUUAAAAUUAAUGAAAAUUAGUUAAUUAAAAAUUCGAUUAAACUGGUAAAAAUUAAAAAAAAAUCACUACUAACUUGUGAUCUGACACUGGUUGACCUAGUAAAAGACCAAUAAAAAUCAGAAAAUAUUUUUAAAAAAUUCGAUUAAAAGUUUCAUAUAAUUUUAAAUAUUACAAAAAUUAAAUAAACAAUUAAUAUUGCUUGAAAAUUUGUUUAAAAUGUCGGAUCUUAUUGAAAAUAUUCCAAAAUAUGUGCUUGUUACUAUUGUGAAUAUCUAAAAUUUAAAUCAAUUACUACUUCGUUGGAAAAGACUAUCUGUUAACAACCUAACUAAAUUUUUUUGGUUAAAGAAGUUGAGAUCUGGAGAAAAUCGUAGAUCCUGGAAGAUAUUUGAUACUAUUGUAUCUUGUGUAAACGUUAAAUACACAAUCUUAUUGUUUGAAAAAUAAGAUAUAGUUCUAACCAUACUUUAUGAUUUGACAACUACAAAAUAUGAGUACAACGAGUGAAACAUAUAUCAUAAUUGACCAAUAUGAAAUCUCUAAAUAACAUACAACAGUUUAUAGGAUGUGAAGGCAUUAAUAUUAUUUUAAAACUACUAAAUAUAAAUUACCAUGAUUGGUAGACUGGAAACCCUAAUCAACCAAUAUAAAUACUAUAAGGUAAGAUAGACAAUUUUAUUAACGUAUACAGAAAUACAUUCGGCAUAAAACUAGGAUGUUUUGGAGUCUUACCAUAACAAAUGUUAAUUUAUUAAUGCUAUCAUUAACAAGCGUUUCCUUUAAUUACUUACCUUAGAAUAAAAAAUCAUGUAGUUGGUGUAUUAAUUAUAUAAUAUAGUAUUUAAAAAAAAUUCUAGAAGCAAGUUGAGUCCAUUUUUGUACUUAUGUUUUAAUCGUAUUGAUGUUAUUUAUACGUAGAUCACAUAGACUUUCACCUUUUUAUUGUUAAUUCACACACACACUUACACUUUUAUAGACAUGUUUUUUCAAUAAGAAAACAUCCUUUGAACAUAUCCUAAAUCUAAAAUUUUCCUUUGUUUGUUAUGUUAGAUAGGCAUGGGCAUUUUAUCCGAACCCGAUCCGAAACCGACCCGAAAAAUCCCGAUCCAAUAUGAAACCGACCCAAUCUUUUUAUCCUAUUGGGUCUUGUUGUGAAGAACCCGCGGGUUUUGGACCCGACCCGAUCCGACCCGAACCCGAGACCCGAGUGGGGUACCUGAAAACACGAAACUUCUAGUAUAUAAUAAGUAUAUAUGGUUGUUUCAGUUUAUUUUUGGUAUUAUAGAUUUUUUUUUUAAGUUUCAAAUUUUAGUUUUUGGGUAUGGUUUAGGGUUUCGGAUAAAAAUUUAGAUUUUCAAAAUAUAAUUGGGAUAAUCAGAUAAAAUUUUGGAUAUUUUCAUGUUUUAAGAUCAGAUUUUAGAUAAAAUUUCUCAUACUUUCGAAUAUUUAAAUAUUUUUAGGUAUUUUCUGUGUGUUUUAGGUAUUUUUUUGGGUUAGACCCGACAUGACCCAAAUCCGAUCCGUAACCGAACCAAAUCGAAAUUGACAUACUCUAGUUACUCUAUCGGGCCAACUAUCUAAGAUCCAACCCGACCCGGACCCGAAAAGACCCGAACCGAUCCCGAACCGAGAAUUUCAAAUUAUCCUAUCAUGUUCUAAACUCUUAGACCCGAAUGACUCGGACCCGCAAUGAUCCAACCCCAACUCGACCUGAAGAUCUGAAUACCCAGGCCUAAUGUUAGAUAUAAUUGGCCUGAGUUGACACUAGAAACACAGAUCUGACUCUAGGGUUUGUAUUUGCGAACCACAAAAUUUUCUACUAUACUGCAAUGUUAGUAUGUUACUGAUCAUUCGAGUCUCACUUAUAAACACAAUCUUUAUAGUUGAUUGAAAUAUAUUUCCUUAUUUGAAAAGGGAUAUUAAAAUAUGUGAGAUGAUGGCACCACAUUGUAUAUUUGUAUAUAUACGGAAACAUGAGUUGGGUCUAUGCAUGUGCGUUAUUUUCCAAACAAAUAUUCUCAUGUCAUUCUUUUAUAUAUAAACCAGUCCUAAAGGAGUAAAGGCUACAGAUACAUUUGUCACCAUUAAAAACAUGCCCUCUAACAUCAAAAUUUCAAGAUUCCCAUUUGAAUUUUCACCAAUCCUUUUAUUAUCUAUCUUGAAAAAAAUAAAAAAAAAAACUUAAAUCAAUCUGAUCGAAUAUCGUAUGAUCUGAAAUAAUAAUGACUUGCAAUUGUUUUGUUGUGAAAGGGGAUGUUUUUUUGUUUCUUGUCCAUAUGCUAAUGUGGGCUCCAAACUCCUUGUCCCACUCUCUUUAUAUGUACACAACAUCUCUCGGCAUAGAUAUGUUUUGUGUUUGUAAAUAAACAGUGUACAGAGUACAGAUAGAGGAGAGAGAGAAAGAGAGGUUCAUAACUACUCUGAAGAAGAUUGAAGCACUAAAGACCAUACAGUGCAUUUCCCCAUCUAAGAUAAAAAAAAUAACAAGAAGAGAGAAUAUUUAAAGACCUCAUCCGAUGAUAGACUACGAGAGAAGCAAUAACACCAAGAACAUCAACCAUCAUCGGAAUCCUCCUCCGUCUUCAUCUUCCUCCGAUCUUCUUCCCGAUGGCAAUGGGGCCGCCGUGACCCAAAAGAGGAAACGACGACCCGCUGGGACACCAGAUCCAGAGGCGGAGGUUGUAUCUUUAUCUCCAAGAACGCUACUAGAAUCAGACAGGUACGUGUGCGAGAUCUGUAACCAAGGGUUCCAGAGAGACCAGAAUCUACAGAUGCACAGGAGAAGACAUAAAGUUCCAUGGAAGCUUUUAAAGAGAGAAACCAACGAGGAAGUUAAGAAGAGAGUCUACGUCUGUCCGGAGCCGACGUGUCUCCACCACAACCCUUGCCAUGCCCUUGGAGAUCUCGUGGGAAUCAAGAAACACUUUCGAAGGAAACACAGUAACCAUAAGCAAUGGAUCUGCGAGAGAUGCUCAAAAGGCUACGCUGUUCAGUCUGAUUACAAAGCUCACCUCAAAACAUGUGGCACUCGCGGCCAUUCCUGCGAUUGCGGCCGCGUUUUCUCCAGAGUGGAGAGUUUUAUAGAGCACCAAGAUAAUUGCACCAUGCGCCAACCUCAACCAUCCAGCCACCGUUUACAACAGCAGCAGCAACAUACCGCAAACGCUGCACAAACCGCUUCAACCGCCGAAAAUAUUGACCUCAAUAUUGGUCCAGUUUUACCAGGACAUCCUUUGCUAAGACAAUCUCCACCGUCUGAUCAACAACCUUCGGAUUUGCUUUAUCCUUUCGUUGGCUCAAGCGCCAGCACUGGUAGUGGCAUUGAGCUUCAGCUACUUCCAUCUCGGGCUAGUGCUGAUGGUACCAGCCUUAGUCUGUCGAUAGGGAUGGAUACGACAAUGUCAAGCUACGAGAAGGGAGAGACGAGCUUACUAUUGGGAGAAAGGGAGGAAGCAAAAAGGCAAAUAGAGAUUGCGGAACUGGAGUAUGCUGAAGCCAAGAGAAUAAGGCAACAUGCGAGAGGUGAGCUUCAUAAAGCUCAACUUUAUAGAGAAGAAGCAAGAAGGAGGAUUAGUGCAACGAUAAUGCAAAUCACUUGCCAUAAUUGCAAGAAACACUUUCAAGCUGUUGCUGCUUCGUCUCCUUCUCCUCGUCUUCCACAGCCACCUUGUACCGAUGAGAGUACGUCUCUUGCCGUGAGCUAUGUGUCAUCGGCGACGACCGAAGGUGAAAAAGCGAGUGAUAGAGCAUCUUCAUAGACCUUGAAAAGAGACGCGAAAGAAACAAUAUGCUUCCCUCUUUUAUAAUUUGAUUGAAAUUGAAGAUGAUCUUUUGAUAUUCUUUGGGUUUUUAUAUAAAUUCUUGGUUUGGUUUUUUUUUCUUAAAUAAACACAGAAGAGGAGGGGGGUUUGUUAUAUGGAAUAUCAAAUAUGUGGUUGGGUCUGUUACUGGUUCCUGUAUAAUGUAAUUUUGGUUAGUGCAAUGAAUAAACGAAUUAUAUAUCUCAUGAA